UCGAGGCGGGAUGAACGUCGGUAGCAGAACGCUAUCCGACCUCUGCGACGGUUACAUGUCCGAGGGCGGCGCUUCCUUGUACGCGAGGAGAAUCAAUCCGUCUUACGGUCACGAUCACGAAAGAUACGUGGGUGGUUCGAGGCGUGAGUUGUCAGGGGUGAAGGAACUGGUGACCACGAGGAGGGUGCAGAAGAGGCCCUCCGCGAACGUCGUAAGGUCGGAUGGAGGUUGCAUCGGGGGCAGUCCAGGAAGCGGCGGCGUUGCGGGCGGCUUGCUAGGCGGUUGCAGCGGCGGGAACGACGCCUUAGCGGAGCUAACCAUCGAGGACCUGGCAUCUCUUCCCGCCGGAAAUCACACCUCCGCCAAUCACACGGGCCAUUCCUCUCAUCACAAGGUCAGUGAACUUACCAACUAAAUCGAUAUUUCGUCCGCGUUGUUCAACGUUUUAAAUGGACUUUCGUUCCGUCUACGUUACA